AUGGCGGGCGUGAUAGUCUUGCUGGCGGUCGCGGAUCCGGACAUCCUACGGCUGAAGGUCAAUGUGGAGGACUUGCUGAACCGCGAGCAGAGGGUGUUGGCACACCUGAAAGUCUUGCCGAAGAUCAAGUACGUCAACACGAUUAUGCCUCGGGUCAUCGCCUACCACAAGCGCGUCAUGGAAUCCCCCGCCUACCGCGACUACGUGACCCCUGCUCAUCGAAUUGCCAUCAGCUGUGCUCGCUUCUUCCAGGAUCCACUGGCAGAGGCUUGCCAGCUGUGGCAUGAGCUCCCGGAUGAAAAUGGCCUCUUGAAGGUCGACUUGCACCACCUUCAGCACGACGUGCCGCGGGAGCAGCUGGGCCGCGUCAUCACGCAGACAUUGCAAGAGGUCUUCGCCAAGUGCGGCCUUUACGUCAACAAGGUGCGCCGGUCACCUCACAUGGAGGGCUUGAUCCAGUUCGUCCCGGGGUUGGGUCCACGCAAGGCAAGGCUCUUCAUGAAAGCGCUGACCGACUCAGUAAAGUCCCGUGCAGCGGUUGCAGACAUCAUCGCCAAGCAGUUGGGCUUGGAGGAUCCCGCGGACAACCCGGUCAUCAAGAAUAUGUACCCUUUCAUUAAGAUACAGCCAGACUUUCGCGAUGGCUGGUUCGAAAGUGAGAAAGAAGUGUGCUCGGGUAGCGGCCCCAGCUUGCAGCGCCAGUGA